CUCUCCCUCCUCCCAUGCCAACCUGCUGCCGCCUUUGUCAGCGCAGCCCGGCGCUAUGGCAUCCUGCUGGGGCUUCAGGCUCGGGCUCUUCCUCCUUCUCCUCCUCCUCCUGGCCGGGAAGCGGCUGCAGCAGCGGCAGAUCCAGCCGUGACGGCCGCGCUCCCCUCGCCAGAGGCAGGCGGAACCCGCAGAAGUGGAACGCAGUUUCCAGGCUAAACGGCAAAAUACGCUUAAGCCAUGGAGUCCAACCAGGAGUCCUCACUCUUCCUGGUGAAGAUAUUGGAGGAGCUGGACACGAAGCAGAAUACUGUUUCUUACCAGGAUCUCUGCAAGUCCCUGUGUGCAAGGUUUGAUUUAUCCCAGUUGGCCAAGCUCAGAAGUGUGCUGUUUUACACUGCUUGCCUGGAUCCUAAUUUCCCAGCGACUUUGUUCAAAGACAAAAUGAGAUGCACUGUAAACAAUCAGCAAUCAAAGAAAAUCAUGGUUGCAGCAGAUAUAGUAACAAUAUUCAACCUCAUACAAAUGAACGGGGGAGUGGCCAAGGAGAAGCUUCCAGUAGCAAGGCACAAAGUGAAGAAGAAGGAGUCCUUCGAGUCCUGCAGGUCUGACACAGAGAUCUGCAAUAUGGCAGACUGUGUGCCUGACUGUGUGCCCAACUGCGAGCUCAACGACCAGGACUUUAACCGGGGCUUUCCAGUCAGAAGGUCUUCGAAAUGCAGAAAGAUGGACUGCAAAGACUGCCAGCAGUUCGUCCCCUCAUCAGAACCCAACUUCUUGCUCGGUGUUAAUAAGGACAUGAAGGGCCGGGCUGCCUCUCUGGACAGGCUGCAGGCACUGGCAUCCUACUCCAUCGCCACGUCCCCACCAUGUGAGAUGCAGAGUACGUACUUCCCCAUGAACAUUGAAAAUGAAUCUAUUUCAGACCAGGAUUCCUUGCCUAUAGGUGCAGGCAUAAAAGAAACUUUCAUUUCAAAUGAUGAGCCUUUCGUGAUGCAGUCGUGUGUCCAGAAAAGAAAUAUAUUCAAAGAAGAUUUUCAUAAUCUGAUUACAAUAUCUCCCAACUUAAUACCAUCCAACAAAACACCAGAAGAUGGACACAGAGAGCCUCAGAACAGGAAAGAAAGCUCUAAGCAGACUUUCUUCAACCACAGCUUUGAAAUGCCAUACAGCAGCCAGUACUUGAAUCCAGUUUAUUCUCCUAUACCAGACAAAAGGCGAGUGAAGCAUGAAAGUUUAGAUGAUCUUCAAGCUUCAACAUAUUUUGGCCCAACUACUGUUCUUGGGCCCCAGGAAACCAAAAAGUGGAGUGGAAAGCCAACCAAGCAAAGUGCCUGGCCAGCUAAAAGCUGGAGUUUAAAUACUGAGGAGGUCCCUGACUUUGAACGCUCAUUUUUUAACAGGAAGCAGUCUGAAGAGAAACCACGAUACCAGAGUUCGAACAACCCAUCUCCAAACUUUCCUUCAGUUGACAGGCAUCAGUCCUACCUAAACACAAAGGAUCAGCAACCAAUUAUGCAGGCAAACUAUGCUGUGAAACCCAAUGGGCAUAAACCUAAGGAGAUUCCUUCCAUUCUAGAUGUGGAGAAACACGAGCCAGUCAAAAAGUUUAAGGAUAAAAGCAUUAACUGUACUUCUGUGCAGAUCUUAAGCAUUGACAGGACCAUGAGUGUUGGGACACAAACGGAGCAGCAGGUUCUGGACCACAAGAAGUGCAAGGAUUUGUGUGCAGCAGGCCAAGCCAAGUACGGUGAGCGGCACUCUCUGAAGCAGUCAGAUGAUGACUCCGAAAUCGUGAGCGAUGACAUCAGUGACAUUUUCCGGUUUUUGGAUGACAUGAGUAUCAGCGGGUCCACGGGAGUGAUGCAGUCCUCGUGCUACAAUAGCACUGGUUCCUUGUCUCAGGUGCAUAAAUCAGACUGUGAUAGCUCACCUGAGCACAAUUUGACUAAGAUCUCCAACGGGAGUGCCUGUAACAAAUUGGAUAAAGUGGUCAGGGCGGAUGUCAGUAACACAGAUGAUGAACUGAAAACGAGUGUCUGCAAAUUAGUCUUGAGGAUUGGCGAAAUAGAGAAGAAACUGGAAUCUCUCUCAGGUGUCCGAGAAGAAAUCUCUCAAGUCCUGGGGAAAUUAAGCAAGCUGGAUCAAAAAAUCCAGCAGCCAGAGAAGGUCAGUGUACAAAUAGAUCUCAACUCUUUGACAAGCGAUGCCGCAUCAGAUGAGAGCAACUCCCCGCAGAUAUUUCAGUGCCACAACACUCCUCAUGGAGGCAAGCUGGAGAAUAAUCCAGAAUGGUGCUGUUCGGAUGCCAGUGGAAGUAACAGCGAGAGUCUUCGAGUAAAAGCCUUAAAAAAAAGUUUGUUUACUAGGAGAUCAUCAAGAUCAUUAACAGAAGAAAACAGUGCAACCGAAUCCAAAAUAGCAAGUAUUUCAAACUCUCCCCGAGACUGGAGAGCUAUUACUUACACCAACCAAGUUGGCAUUACAGAGGAGGAGAUGAAAGAGAGAGAUGGAGGAGAAAAUAAGGACUGGCACAGGAAAUCUAAAGAGGCAGACAGGCAAUAUGAAAUCCCACAGCCACAUAGACUCUCUAAACAGCCAAAAGAUGCUUUCUUGAUUGAACAAGUCUUUAGUCCUCAUCCCUACCCUGCAUCACUCAAGUCACAUAUGAAAAGCAACCCACUCUACACAGACAUGAGGUUGACAGAGCUGGCUGAAGUGAAACGUGCCCAGCCAUCAUGGACCAUAGAGGAAUACACGAGGAAUUCCGGGGAUAAAGGCAAGAUCGCAGCCUUGGAUCUACAAACUCAAGAAUCUUUAAACCCAAACAACUUAGAGUACUGGAUGGAAGACAUUUAUACUCCUGGCUAUGAUUCCUUGUUGAAACGGAAAGAAGCCGAGUUCAGGAGAGCAAAGGUUUGCAAGAUCGCUGCCCUGAUCGCAGCGGCCGCCUGUACGGUUAUCCUGGUCAUUGUGGUUCCCAUUUGUACAAUGAAAUCCUGAACCUGGCCACAGACCUGUGACUCCCAGCCACGUGUGUCUCGGAUAGCUCACGCUGUGUGUCAAAUGUCUGCUGGCAAAACUGUAAGGAAUUCGCUGAGGAGCCAUGUUCUGAGCAUAUCCUGGUGGAGAAUGCUGUAAAUGAAGGCAGAACGCAGAACAGCUAGAGAAACAUUUUUGGAAAAGUCCUAUUUUAAAUAACAGACUUUGUGGUGAAGUUAAUGGGAACUCGGUUCAAUUUUUAUGCAUUUUUAAGAGUGCAAUAUUUUUUUUUUCCUAAAGAAAUGAUAUAAUGUUUUACAGAAUCAGAGACUGAUGAGAAUCCAGGCAAAAGAGGAAGGUUGUCUGAGCUAUGUUGCAUUUAAAUGAAGUGUGGGUACAUGGAGGUAGCACUGUAUAGAAGGGAAUGUUCUAUAUGCAUUACAUCGGGGAGGUAGGGAAGUCUUAAAAGCUCUCUACAAUGUAGAAAACUCUGAAUGUAUUGUAUUUAUUUUAUAGUAUUUAUGUAUUUCAUGAUCAUUUGUUUGAAAGCAGACUGUGUAGCUGUGAACAGAGUUCAUUCCUAUGUUCAGAUUUAAAAGGGCUCUUUGUAUUUGGUCUUGCCCUGAGACCCACUCUAUCAUCACUGAGUACUUAGAUCUAAGUGCAAUGUGCUGCAGACCAAAAAGAUUAUGUUUUAAAGCAAUCACAAGAGGUUUUAGUUACUUCUGUUAAAUAGCAUUUGCAUAGAGCUGGCAAACUUGCCUUGCCAAAAGGGUAUUCCUUACCUCUGCAGACAGUGAAGUUGUCUCAAUUUCACUCCUGCCAGCAAGCAAAGCUGGCAAAUCAAAGCAACGCUCUGUUAAAGUUCUUGGAAAUGUAAUCUGAACAGUUACAAUUUUUUUUUUUUCCCCACAAAGUCUUUGUGCCUUUUUUUAGACUGUAGGUUAAAUAGAACUGUGUAAUUUUUUGCUAUUUUAAGCCCAUAACAUAAAUCACAGCAUAAUGGGUACUAAUGGAGCUUCUUUUCCCACAAGCCUUCUAUACAGUUCCGAGUGCUCCUCAAGCAGCAGGGCUGGUGGUUACUGAGCACUUAUAUUAAGGGCACAAUUUCUCAGCACUGGUAGAAACUUGCUGCAGAUGCAAUGCAUCCAGCACAGGGAGAUCUUUUGCUUCCCUCUUGCUAAUGUACUUAAGAAUGAUGGUUGAAUCUACUGGGCAGCAAGCAGUCUGUAUCCCAUUGGAAAUGUCCAUUUGAUGCUUUAUCCCAAAUGCAAAUAGCAGGUUCGAUGGAAUUCUCAAGCUAGGACAGAAAUUGCCUGUCAUGGUUAGUGAAAGCAAAAACCCAGACAGUAUUACUCUUCUGUCAAGUUUAGAAAAAAAGACAAAAAAAGUAUUUUCAGGAAAUAAUGUGGUCUUGCUGGUCCUCUAAGGGAAAGAAGAUUCUUUUAGUGAACGCUCUUUAUGUAAGGUAAUUUGGUUUCUUCAGAAGCAGCCUCCCUACACAAUGACACAACAGCUAAGAAAGGACUGGAUGCUCCUUCCUCUGGCUCGCUGGGAUGUGCUGCACUCGCUGUUUGUUUCUGGCUGGUUUAAAAAAAAGUAUUGAGGGAAGGGUGUGUGGGAGGCGAAGGCUUUGUUGUGACUUUAGAUGUGUGUCAGUUCUUUCCUGCAGUUGGAGAGCUGUUUGUGUGCUGCUCACGUGCUGUGCUUUAUUUAGGGAUAGGUGAUCCCUGGGACUGUUGAUCUGUCAGAAAAAUAAGUGUAAGCACAGGGUUGGAUGUCCCAUCAGCAAAGAGAGAACAAGAAUAGGCCCACAGACAAAAUCUGUGCCUGCCUGGCCUGAAUCCUGACCCAAAUUCUGUGGCUUUGGCCCAUUCUUUAUACUAAGAUAAUUUCUCUUUCCUCCCAGAUGCUGCAGGAUGGAGUCACAGCAGGGAGGGAGCAAUUCACACUGUCUAUUUUAGGCUGCCUUUGAUUAUGGUGUGAUUCAGAGCACCUGAGUACAGGAUCCAUCCGUAGUAAAUAUAGACAGGUAGAGAAAACCUCUGGGGACAACUCAGAGCUGCCAGCAAGAUAUCUAAUAUUAGACAUGUGAAAAACACUCUGGAGGACACUGCUCUGCAGUUUACCUCCUGCCCAAUUUAGAUUGAUUGUAUAUGUAGAAAAACCUAUUCCUAUUUCAGGUAAUGUCAGAAAGCCCUCUGACACCCCUCCUUGGCUGGUGACAGCAGCACGGGCUGCUGUUGGAGGGAGCAGUGUGGGGGCACAGUGUCAAUCCCCCAUCUGCCCACACCAAGCAGCAACAAGACCCUUGGAGGGGCAGGAUGAGUGGGGACAGACCCCCUGCCUUCACCAACCCCUCUUGCACUACCGUGAAUGGUCUGGCCCUGCUGCCCCCAGCCCCAAAUCAGCACUUUCUCCAGGGCAUUUCAGUAAUCUGAUUUUAGAAAAUAUCGUUUCUCCCUUAGGGGAGAUAGGAGAAGGGUGGGGAGGUGCUACUGAUCACAGGGUUUGUCUGUGCAACUCAUCCAGCUAGCGCCAGAUGAGUCUUUGCAUUAGAGAUGCCCAGAAUCCUGGGAAGGCUUUUGCAGGUUAUGGAGCUGUGGGUGACAUGAAGCUGGCCCAACCCAAGCACUCAGCAUCCCAAACAUCCAUGCUGCUCCUAAUUUAUUGAGGUGCUUUUGCCCAACCUUACUUUGCACAAGCAGCCAGUGGCACCCACUCCAUUGGUCAGUGGUUUCCUUGCACAACAGACUGUGGUUUGUCAUGAAUUCCCUCCUGGGGUUCGAUUUGGCUCCUGCAGUCUCUGGAAGCAUUUCCGUGGUGCCAGGAGCCUGAGGGGAACUUGGAGAGCAGAGCCUGACUCCCUGCUCCACAAACACCUCUGUGAGCUGCUGCCUUGCUGUCUCCUCCCCUCCCUGGCUGCCUCUGGCAGCUCCUUGGCACCACUGGGAUGUGCAUCCCAAGCCAUUCCCAGUGGGAUUUGCAUCUGGCACAGAGCCCUUCUUAAAAUAGGCAAGGAGAUGGAGUGAUGGGAUGCUUCUGAUGGAGGAGAGCAGCCAGGGAAGGAGGAAGCCUGCACAGAGUGUACACACUAGGUGAAAUCCUGACGUAUUAACCUGCAAGAAUAUUGUGAUCCACCUUGUGAACCAGUUACCAACUAGAAUACACUGUAUACUAUAUGAUAGACUUUUGUAUAAAAAAAAAAAGAGAAACUAAAGCUAUAGGUACAUUGUAAUCCUUGGUGUGAUUGAAAAAGUGUCCUAGAUUGUAUUACUUAAUUAAAAUUAUGAUGAGCAUAUUGAACUGUUUUUCGUAUUUAUGCCUUAUAAACUUGAUAUAUUACACACGAUAAAAUGAAACUGCAAGAACUAUAAGAAAAGAUACUCCAUUUUGGGGGCAAAUCCCAUUUGCUUUUCCUAAAAAAAGAGUGCUGCUUUAAAUGAGCUUAAUAAAUCAUAUGUGCAGAAGAGCAAGAGUAGGAUAUGUCCCCAAAUGACUUUUUAGGAUUUUUUUUUUUUUAAUGGGGCUUUGGUUAAUGUACUAUGUAAUAAUUUUAUUUUAUAAUGUUACUGUACAAUGUUGCCUUUUGGUUCAUUUAAAUAUAACACCAAAUAAACUUGAAAUUACAGUG